UCAGGCGGGUGGGACAAGAGAAGCUGAAUCUGAGGUCCUUGGGGAGAAGGAGGCCCAGGAGUCCUGGGCAGCGGGUGCCAGGCUCUGAGCCCCAUGACUGCUGACCCUCCUCCCCUCCCUCUCAUCCUCAGCCCAGAGGGAAAGUGUCCCCAGGCCAAAAGCCCAGGGCUCCAGGCUGCCAUCAGGAUGGUGGGUGAAGGACCCUACCUUAUCUCAGAUCUGGACCAGCGAGGCCGGCGGAGACCCUUUGCAGAGAGAUAUGACCCCAGCCUGAAGACCAUGAUCCCAGUGCGACCCUGUGCAAGGUUAGCACUCAACCCAGUGGAUGAUGCAGGGCUACUCUCCUUUGCCACAUUUUCCUGGCUCAUGCCGGUGAUGGUGAAAGGCUACCAGCAAAGGCUGACCGUGGACACCCUGUCCCCAUUGUCACCAUAUGACUCAUCUGACACCAAUGCCAAAAGAUUUCGAGUUCUUUGGGAUGAAGAGGUAGAAAGGGUGGGUCCUGAGAAGGCCUCUCUGAGCCGCGUGGUGUGGAAAUUCCAGAGGACACGCGUGUUGAUGGACAUCAUGGCCAACAUCCUGUGCAUCAUCAUGGCAGCCAUAGGGCCGACAGUUCUCAUUCACCAAAUCCUCCAGCAGACCGAGAGGACCUCUGGGGAAGUCUGGGUUGGCAUCGGACUGUGCAUAGCCCUUUUUGCCACCGAGUUUACCAAAGUCUUCUUUUGGGCCCUUGCCUGGGCCAUCAACUACCGCACGGCCAUCCGGUUGAAGGUGGCGCUCUCCACUUUGGUUUUUGAAAACCUAGUGUCCUUCAAGACAUUGACGCACAUCUCUGUUGGCGAGAUGUUUAUGGCCAAGCUCAAUUCAGCUUUCCGAAGGUCAGCAAUUUUGGUGACAGACAAGCGAGUUCAGACAAUGAAUGAGUUUCUGACCUGUGUCAAGCUGAUCAAAAUGUAUGCCUGGGAGAAAUCUUCUACCAACACUAUCCAAGAUAUAAGAAGGAGGGAAAGAAAAUUACUAGAAAAAGCUGGAUUUGUCCAAAGUGGAAACUCUGCCCUGGCCCCCAUCGUGUCCACCAUAGCCAUCGUGCUAACAUUCUCCUGCCACAUCCUCCUGAGACGCAAACUCACCGCACCUGUGGCAUUUAGUGUGAUUGCCGUGUUUAAUGUAAUGAAGUUUUCCAUCGCAAUCUUGCCAUUCUCCGUCAAAGCAAUGGCUGAAGCGAAUGUCUCUCUAAGGAGAAUGAAGAAAAUUCUCAUAGAUAAAAGCCCCCCAUCUUACAUCACCCAACCAGAAGACCCAGAUACUGUCUUGCUUUUAGCAAAUGCCACCUUGACAUGGGAGCGUGAAGCCAUCAGGAAAAGUGACCCAGAGAAAUUGCAGAACCAGAAAAGGCAUUUAUUCAACAGACAGAGGUCAGAGGCAUACAGUGAGUGGAGUUCACCAGCCAAGGGAGCCACUGGCCCAGAGGAGCAAAGUGGCAGCCUCAAAUCGGUUCUGCACAGCAUAAGCUUGGUGGUGAGAAAGGGGAAGAUCUUGGGAAUAUGCAGGAAUGUGGGAAGUGGAAAGAGUUCCCUCUUUGCAGCUCUCCUAGGACAGAUGCAGCUGCAGAAAGGGGUGGUGGUGGUCAAUGGAACUUUGGCCUACGUUUCACAGCAGGCGUGGAUCUUUCAUGGAAAUGUGAGAGAAAACAUACUCUUUGGAGAAAAAUAUGAUCACCAAAGGUAUCAGCACACAGUCCGCGUCUGUGGCCUCCAGAAGGACCUGAGCGACCUCCCCUAUGGAGACCUGACUGAGAUUGGGGAGCGGGGCCUCAACCUCUCCGGGGGGCAGAGGCAGAGGAUUAGCCUGGCCCGUGCCGUCUACUCCGACCAUCAGCUCUACCUGCUGGACGACCCCCUGUCGGCCGUGGACGCCCACGUGGGGAAGCACGUCUUUGAGGAGUGCAUUAAGAAGACACUCAGGGGAAAGACGGUCGUCCUGGUGACCCACCAGCUACAGUUCUUAGAGUCUUGUGAUGAAGUUAUUUUAUUAGAAGAUGGAGAGAUUUGUGAAAAGGGAACCCACAAGGAGUUAAUGGAGGAGAGAGGGCGCUAUGCAAAACUGAUUCACAACCUGCGAGGAUUGCAGUUCAAGGAUCCUGAAUGCCUUUACAAUGCAGCAAUGGUGGAAGCCUUCAAGGAGCGCCCCACUGAGAGAGAAGAAGAUGCUGGUAUGAUUAUUCCUGAGCACCAGCUCAUCCAGACUGAAUCCCCCCAGGAAGGAACUGUGACCUGGAAAACAUAUCACACGUACAUUAAGGCUUCUGGAGGGUACCUCCUUUUUCUCUUCACUGUGUUCCUCUUCCUCCUGAUGAUUGGCAGCUCUGCCUUCAGCAACUGGUGGCUGGGUCUCUGGUCGGACAAGGGCUCACGGAUGACCUGUGGACCCCAGGGCAACAGGACCAUGUGUGAGGUCGGCGCGGUGCUGGCAGACAUCGGUCAGCAUGUGUACCAGUGGGUGUACGCUGCAAGCAUGGUGUUCGUGCUGGUGUUUGAUGUCACCAAAGGCUUUGUCUUCACCAAGACCACACUGAUGGCAUCCUCCUCUCUGCAUGACACAGUGUUUGAUAAGAUCUUAAAGAGCACAAUGAGCUUCUUUGACACGACUCCCACUGGCAGGCUAAUGAACCGUUUUUCCAAGGAUAUGGACGAGCUGGAUGUGAGGCUGCCGUUUCAUGCAGAGAACUUUCUACAGCAGUUUUUUAUGGUGGUGUUUAUUCUCGUGAUCUUGGCUGCUGUGUUUGCUGCUGUCCUUUUAGUCGUGGCCGGCCUUGCUGUAGGCUUCUUCAUUCUGUUACGCAUUUUCCACAGAGGAGUCCAGGAGCUCAAGAAGGUGGAGAAUGUGAGCCGGUCACCCUGGUUCUCCCACAUCACCUCCUCCAUGCAGGGCCUGGGCAUCAUUCACGCCUAUGGCAAGAAGGAGAACUGCAUCACCCAGUUUAAGACACUAAACGACGAAAACUCCAGUCACCUCCUCUACUUUAACUGUGCUCUCAGGUGGUUUGCGCUGAGAAUGGAUGUCCUCAUGAACAUCCUUACCUUCAUUGUGGCCUUGUUGGUGACUCUGAGUUUCUCCUACAUCAGUACUUCAUCCAAAGGCCUGUCAUUGUCAUACAUCAUCCAGCUGAGCGGACUGCUCCAAGUGUGUGUGCGAACGGGAACAGAGACGCAAGCCAAAUUCACCUCCUUGGAGCUGCUCAGGGAAUACAUUUCGACCUGUGUUCCCGAAUGCACUCAUCCCCUCAAAGUGGGGACCUGUCCCAAGGACUGGCCCAGCCAUGGGGAGAUCACCUUCAGAGACUAUCAGAUGAGAUACAGAGACAACACCCCCCUUGUUCUCGACAGCCUGAACUUGAACAUACAAAGUGGGCAGACAGUCGGGAUUGUUGGAAGAACAGGUUCUGGAAAGUCAUCGUUAGGAAUGGCUUUGUUUCGUCUGGUGGAGCCAGCCAGUGGCACAAUCUUUAUUGAUGAGGUGGAUAUCUGCACUCUCAGCUUGGAAGACCUCAGAACCAAGCUGACCUUGAUCCCACAGGAUCCUGUCCUGUUUGUAGGUACAGUAAGGUACAACUUGGAUCCCUUUGAGAGUCACAUCGAUGAGAUGCUCUGGCAGGUUCUGGAGAGAACAUUCAUGAGAGACACAAUAAUGAAACUCCCAGAAAAAUUACAGGCAGAAGUCACAGAAAAUGGAGAAAACUUCUCAGUAGGGGAACGUCAGCUGCUUUGUGUGGCCCGAGCUCUUCUCCGUAAUUCAAAGAUCAUUCUCCUUGAUGAAGCCACCGCCUCUAUGGACUCCAAGACUGACACCCUGGUUCAGAACACCAUCAAAGAUGCCUUCAAAGGCUGCACUGUGCUGACCAUCGCCCACCGCCUCAACACAGUUCUCAACUGCGAUCACGUCCUGGUUAUGGAAAAUGGGAAGGUGAUUGAGUUUGACAAGCCUGAAGUCCUUGCAGAGAAGCCAGAUUCUGCAUUUGCUAUGUUACUAGCAGCAGAAGUCAGAUUGUAGAGGUCCUGGCGGCUGAUUCUAGAGGAGGAAGAGGCUCUGUGAGAUGAGUAGGAGGGGUCUUCAGGAGGAGGGGCUGUCCUCUCCGCAGGCAGCCCUGGUCUUCAGCCCCUCCCAUCCGUGGAGUGAGCUGGGGCUGAAGUUGUCCCCACUGCUAUACUCAGUCCAUGUCACCCCACUUGGUGGGCUUGGGGUUGGUUCUGGAUGGCGAACUGAGGCAGACCCAGCUAAUGGAUUAAAAAACUGCCCUUCACCUCCCAAAUCCCCAAGGGUCCCUCACGUGUUUUCACCAAAACCACCCCAGUGCCUGAGAUUGAAAAUAUUGUAACUUUCAGUUAGAAACCAGCCACAAUAAACAAAAUGGGAAAAUGCCUUAGGAUGGAGUUUGCAAGGUUUCCUUGCCCAUCAUCAGAAGGAAAAAGAGCAGAAUUUUCUUCUGAUUUAACCCCACUCACUUCCAUCUUGACUGGGUGACAAGUGGUAAUGACACGGAUUUGUAGCGUGAAAGAUUGAAUACAGUGUUUGGCCAAAAAUUUUUUUUAAAUCAUAUUAUAUGUUUCAGUUGAUCUAUUAGAAUAACCAAGAAAACAAAAUGCUAGAGUUUCUUUAUAAAUGACACUUUUAUAUCUUCUUUAUUCGUCAUUAAAACGCAGUAGGAAAUUGCCCUGAAAUGUUGCCUUGCAAUUAUUUCACUGAAGAUAUUCCAAUUUCUGUACUACUCCCUCUCAUAGACCCUUGUUGCC